ACAGUUUUCAACAUCUGUCAAAUACAAUUUAUGUCAAAUCAAUUUUUAAUAAUAUUUAAAUAUCUAUUUCAUAGAAAUUAUAUAUUAAAAAAGUAAAUACAAAAAAGCAUAUGCUCAUCUAAUUAUUCUAGUUAGAUGAGUAUAUGCAGUCAAUUAUGUCAACAUCCAGGAUGUUGGAGAGCUUUGCAAUAUGAAAACCACAAUCCAUCAAUGCUUAAUUUUUGUUUGGAAUUGAAAGAGAAAGAAAAUGUUUCUGAGUUUUCAAAGAAGAUGAAAGUUGAUAGAGACAGACCUGCAGCAUGUAAUUAUACUUUUUUGAAUUUAUUGGACUAUUACAACAAAAAUGGCUGCACAACUGAAUCAGAAAAAAUUACAAUUGAUAAAAGUCAAAUUAUGUGUGAAGAUCACAACAAGCUCUCUGGUGAUAGUGCCGAUGACAAUAUAGCUAAGAAUUUGUGUUAUCACUUCAAGGAGUUGCAUUUAUCUUUAGACCAGAAUCCUUGUGAAUUAAAUGACAAAGUUUAUAAAUGGGUACCUGGUAGAAAAAAAGAAAAGAUAGACAGUACCAGCAACAGCUCAGGUUUAGCAACAGUAGUCAUUGACGGGAAGAUUUUGCCUGAUGAGCGCAAACCACUGAAACACAAAACAAAAAGACCAUUACAAAUAAAGUCACCUUUGCCACAAAUAACAUCACCUUUGAUACCAAUAACAUCACCUUUGUUACAAAAAAUCUCACCUUUGUUACAAAUAACUUCACCUUUAGUGUCAGAGUUAGAGCCAGUUACUGAUGAUUUGCUACCCGAAUUUAAUUUGUAUUUAAAAGAAAAUGAGAAAUUAGGUGAAAAUGUAUUCGAAGAUGAUUGUAAACAAAAUGGUAUGGAACUAAAAAAUAGUAUUACAAUGGCCCAGUCACAAGAUUCUGAAACACAUGCUUCUAAUCUAUUACCUUUAAUCUCUGAUUUAAGUGAUAAUUGUUGUACUAGUCAAAUGUCGAGUUCAUCAAAGGACAUACAUACGCUAGCGACUAAUCCAUCACCGCAACUACCAGAUGCAAAUGUUUCGAAUUUGUUCGAAAAACAUAAUGAUUUCAAAAAACAAGCUAAUAAUAGCGUUAUUUAUUCUAAAGAAAUGUCUGUAAAUGCAAUUGAAAAAACUGCUGAAGUCGCCAUAGAAGGUUUAUCCUCAAAUUUAAAUUAUAGUUUAUCACUAGAUAUCUUUAACAAAUCAACAACAUUUUUAGACAGUGAUUUAGUAAAGUCACAUUUAAAAAAUUCGAACCCCGAAAUAAGUUUGCAAUCUACGGAUAAAAUUGUGUCACACUCAUAUGAAGUUGAAGAUAAAGAUCUUCAUUUUAUUGAACAAAAUCAAGGUUCAUCAAAGUUGCUAACAAACAAACAAUUAAAUUUUGGUGAGUCAGCUAGUCAGCUAGUUGAGAAACCAUUCAAUAUUUUUAAUGUUACACAGUCUGUAAGUUUUAGUGAGCCAGCUAGUCAACUGGUCGAGAAACCAUUUAAUGUUACACAGUCUGUAAAUAAUAUACGUAACCAUAAAGCACUUAAUCAAUUUUCAAAAGAAGUUCACGUUGAAAAGCCUCGCCCGAAAAACGUUUCUCCUGAAAAAUUUAUUGAUCAAAAAGAGUUUCAAUCUGCUGCUGUAAUUUCGUUAAACAAACAGAAUGUUGCGAUUAAUGAAGAUAAAAAAUCAGAUGCUAUUCCUAAUUCUCUUAUGCCAAAAUAUCUAAAGAGUACUAAUAACUCAGAUAUUUCUUUUGAAAUACCAGCAAACAUUGCAGAGCUUUACGACGAGAAUGCUUUAUCUGAUUUAACCUCGCUUAGCUCUGACGUUGAUUAUAUAGUAAAUCUUACAAAAGAAUUGAAUUUUGAAUGGAACCCUGAACAAGAUUUAUGUGAUGCAAUGAAAGAUUUAUUGGAAAUUCUUUCGAGCUAAUCAUUGUUAUAACCAGGGGAUUAGAAUCCUAAGACUAAUCAUAUAGAUAUAAUUUAUUGAUUGUUAAUUUAAAAAAAGUUUACAGGUUUAAUAAAAUGAAGUUUCUAUGCGGGCGU